GACCGCCCGGCAGAAUGGCGCUGAUUACUUCAUUCGCUCGUACAGCGUCAACGACAGGACCGUUGAAGAUUGGCAGCUUAGAAGAGAAGAGGGAAAAAAGUACCGGUAAGUGCCUCAAUUACCCCUGUUACGUCCUUUCUUUUGUACUCCCCCGCGAUUAUGCCUCUGGAUCCCCCGUCUAUUAUCCCAGUCCGUCCGAGAAAUCGGGGAACACGGCAGCCAGGAGACCACUCGCGAUCCCUGGAGCUGGGAGGGGCGCUUUGUUCGUGAAAUCUCCAACGUGGCGCCUGAGACAGCCCAAGGGCCUGCGCCUUCCCGGUUUGCACAGCUCAGCUGUCACCCGGACGUAUUUGAGCAGGCUUCGUGCCUCUUUCGUCGAGCGUCCGGCCCCUCCUCCUGGCACCAACCCAAAACAAGCACCGGAGAUUUCUCCCCUAUACUGCCACUCACUCUACUGGGCUCCCCACUUUCUCGUGGAAGGCUGAAUCAUUGCACUUCUUGUCAAUUUUUUGAACAUCAUCAAAAUCAUGGAACUUCGUCGCUCUCGUCGACAGCGCGUAUCACUGGAGGAACCCCCAGACAUCGAAGCUAACAUGAGCUCUAGACCUAAGAGACUCACUCGUGCCUCUGCGGCUGCACCUCCCGCAUCAGUGACUGUCUCCCGAUCUUCUGAGGAUCCCCCCGGAGAGCCAACCAGAACUCUCCGUCUUACCGUAAAAAUGCCCGCUGGCAAGCUGCGCGAGGCCACAGGUGGUCGUGCUGCUCGUCGCACUGUCAAUGUAUUCCAAGAAAAUCCUAUUGUGACGGGGCCACGAGCUAGUCGCAACAAGAGGAAGAUUGUGGAAGUCCCCACAUCUGAUGAUGAUGACGACGACGACCUCGAAGACCAAGAAGAAGACGAGGUCGAUGAUGAGGAUGCUCCCGGAGAAGAAGAUGACGAGGAUGCCGAUGCUGACGGCGACCUCGAUAUGGACGACAUUCCCCCUCAGCCGCCGGUAAGGCGAGCUACCAAAGCUGCUCCAACGCGCGGAAAGGCCGCCAAAAGCGUCGAGGAGAAGGAGAUGGAGUUAGAGGAGGAAGAGGAAGAAGAAGAAGAGGAGGAGGAGAUUGAUGAGGAUGAAGAUGAAGAGGCCCUCUCCGAAAGCGACACAGAUGCUGAGGGUGAACUUGAUGACCAGGAGGAGAGCGCCAUUCCAGAUGUCAAUGUCGAUGACCUCGAUGAAGAGGAUGAAGAAGAUGAGCUGGAUGAAGACAUGGACAGCGAUGCGAUGGCCUUGAACAGUGGCAAAACCACCAAGCGUCAACGUGGCAACCUUGGGAAUGAUUUCUUACAACUUCCAAUGGAACCUCAAGUGAAGAAGCACCUGACGGCCGAGGAGCGCGCUAUGCGUCGAGCCGAAAUGGCCCGCCGACGUAAGAAUCUAAGCGAGAAACGCAACGAGGAAGAGAAGAUGGACACCAUCAACCGCCUUCUCAACAAACAGCCACCCAAGCGUCGGGGCCGACAGGCCGCCGCCGAUGGAGCAGAAGCCACUCCCGCCGAUCAAGAGCCCGCCGAGCCCGAAAAGGCCGAUCCAACUAUGGUCCGCUGGAUCAGCAAUAAAUCCGGCUUUAAGGUCAACGUGCCAGAGGAGUGGCUCGGCACCCCUGCUGGCCGGCUUUUCGGUGCACCCAUCGCAGCUGGAACUGGCAAAAUGGUGGAGGAAAUUUGAUUCUGUACUUAUAAGAAAUUGGAAAGGAACUAGGCGUAUCGGAAACCAUUUACAAUGGGGUGCUUGGGAACUGGGUCACAUCUCCUGACGAGGGCCGGCUAUGUACGAGCUUCUCUAUUCCAACCUUGGAAGGCAUGGCGUUCGUGUAUUCAGUGCGAUUAAAUACCAUUCAUAUAUUUACACAUUUGUGGUCACAACAUUCCUUAGUACAACCGGAACAGCGUCUCUCGAGGCUUCUCAGUGAUCCCGGCGGGCUACAAACCCCGGCGCAUGGCGCAUGACUCAAUUUCCAGUCACAAGAAACAGCCACUUUGUGUUUCUCCCAGCUAUGCCAACUGAACACAGCGCAGAAAUAUGGCCAUGCAUGGGAAGGCUUUCACAGGUGCUGGGAGCUCCGCAGAGCUCCGGACCAGGAUUCUUGAACCAAAUCCUUUAUUGGCACCGGAAAAGCGGAAUCCAAUAUCUUAAUAUAACGGGAUACCAACGUCUCCCGAGGGUGACACACGACACCGUUCGUCUAAUCGGGUUGUCAAGUGUGGUAGUCAUAUUGCAGACUAUCACUUGCUGCCCCGAGCCUCGGGCUUGGAGCUAUCGACAGCGGGGUUGGAGGGCGCAUUGGUCUCCUUCUGAGGCAGACCGGUAGACUGCGACUGCUGAGGAAUAUGCUCC